GUAUACCAUGUAUCACGGAUUGUGUAAUGGCUGAAUUGGAAAAAUUAGGACCGAAAUACAGGAUUGCGCUUCGUGUCGCGCGUGAUCCAAGAUUUGAAAGACUACCAUGUACUCACAAAGGAACGUAUGCUGAUGAUUGUUUGGUACGUCGAGUGAUGCAGCAUAAAUGUUAUAUUGUAGCAACAUGUGAUAAAGAUUUAAAACGCCGUAUUCGUAAAAUUCCUG